AUGGCCAACUCUGAUCGCCUUCCUGAUUACCCACUCGACUCAGAUUUAGUGAAGAGAUUAAAGUCUGCUCUGGACACCAAGGAUGAGGAGAGAGUGAGCCACCUGAUCUGUGCUGAAGUGAGGCCCGUGGACGCCGUGAUAGAAUUGGCCAAUGACGACUGGAUGAAAGACCCCUCGGCCCAGCUGCCCCCCAGCGUUCUCAUAGGUAACUGUGACCGUCUUGAGCUGCUCACAAACCAGUUCUUCCAGGAUGCCAAUGUGGUGUUUGAGAUCAAGAAGGAUGAGAUGGAGUGGCAGGUGAAAUCCCCAGCCACAUUUGGACUGUCAGGCCUCUGGACCCUGGAGUACAAGCGUGAGCUCACCACGCCUCUGUGCAUCGCCGCGGCCCGCGGCCACACAGCCUGCGUGCGCCACCUGCUCGAGCGCGGCGCGGACCCCGACGCCAGCCCCGGGGGCCAGGGAGCCCUGCACGAGGCCUGCCUGGGGGGCCACACGGCCUGCGCCCAGCUUCUGCUGCAGCACGGCGCCGACCCCGACCUGCUCAGCGCCGAGGGCCUGGCGCCCCUGCACCUCUGCCGAACGGCCUCCUCGCUCGGGUGCGCGCAAGCGCUGCUGGAGCACGGCGCCUCGGUGCAGCGCGCGGGCGGCGCGGGCCGGGACACGCCGCUGCACGUGGCGGCCGAGCGCGGCCUGGACGAGCACGCGCGCCUCUACCUGGGCCGCGGCGCGCGCGUGGACGCGAGGAACGGCCGCGGCGAGACGGCCCUGAGCGCGGCGUGCGGCGCGGCGCGCGGCCCCGACGAGCACGCGCGCCGCCUGCGCCUGUGCGCGCUGCUGCUGCGGCGCGGGGCGGCGGCGGACGCGCGCGACGAGGACGAGCGCAGCCCGCUGCACAAGGCCUGCGGCCGCGCGCGCGCCGGCCUGGCGCGCCUCCUGCUGCGCCACGGCGCCGACGCGCGCGCGCUCGACUACGGCGGGGCCUCGCCGCUGGCCCGCGCGCUGCAGACCGCCGCCUUCGCCCCCGAGGCCGCGCCGCAGCGCACGGUGCAGGCGCUGCUCAACCACGGCUCCCCCAGCGUGUGGCCCGACGCCUUCCCCAAGGUGCUGAAGACCUGCGCGCCAGCCCCCACGGUGAUCGAGACUGUCUUCAACUCUUACCCUCACCUCCGCGUUUCCGAGUCCUGGCGGGAAGUGAUUCCUGAGGAAGUGUUCCGGACGCACCAGACCUUCUACGAGUCUUUCUUCGCUCUGGCCCGCACCCCCCGCUGCCUGCAGCACCUGUGCCGCUGUGCCCUCCGGAAGCUAUUUGGCAAGAAGUGCUUUCGCCUCGUGCCCCUGCUGCCCUUGCCCAAGUCCCUGCAAAGUUACCUCCUUUUGGAGCCAGAAGGUGUUUUGCACUGAAGACCAGAGCGCUGGGGCCGAGGCUGUGGUUCCC